UGUUAGUGCACGUGAGCGUGCCCCACUGGUUCGCUCCCGGCCACAGCUGAUAGACGCUGGCUCUGAGAACGUUGUGUUGGGAACCUUUAAAGAAUCACUUUAAUGUUUCAUGUUUUUAGGGAUGUGAACCGGCUGGAGACAUGCGCUCGCUGACAUGUGGUCGUCACGAGUGUGUUCAAUCUUCUUUUCUUAUUUCAAACGCGUUACGUUGUUGGUCCAAAGUGUUGUUCUGACAUGGUGUCGGUGGCUUCAAAGGCCUCAGUCAGCUGCUCCCCUCACUGCCUCGUGGCAGCGUUUUCAAGCUCGAGGGCCCAUUUCAUGGAAUCUGUCAUCGUUUUGACCAUAACUCCUCGGAGGACAUGUGAUGUCUACACUCUUAGAACUAUAGCUGCUCUGUGUUAUACCUAGAACCCAACAUUAAGGGUUGUUCCUAGAACCAUCAGGUUUCAUCCAGAAUCCACCCUGGGGCUUCUAUGGAUGCUCUAUUAUAUUCCAGGGGUUUUCCCUAGAACCCACCCAGGGUUCCUCCUGAAGGGCCGAUGGUGGUGCAGUUCAAACAAUAGAUGGUUCAUAGGGACGUGAGCGCUGGGAGGAUCUUUUACCACCCAAUGCUUUCAACUGUUCUUGAAAAACUCUUUGGAUGAAUGAUUCUUAAUAAAAUCAUCGAAUGGCUGUGGGUAGAACCUCAGCUCUUCAUGAACAACCUUUUUGGAACCCUUGUGUCUGUACUGUGCUCAGCAUGGCGUCCGUGGGCCGACCCAACAGGACCGGUGUCAGCGCUACAUCCACACGACUACGUUCCCGUUCCCUGUAACUCCAUAAUGAUUCAUCUAGUGACACUUUGAUUUGUAAGUGUUCAUCUAGAAAGAACAUUUGAUAUGAGAGUGAAAUGUGAAUACCUAAAAUCCCUUUGGAUAAUUGGACGCUAUGGGCACAAGUACAUUUCAUAUGAGUGUGAGAGUAAGAAAGAGCUCGUAACCAAGUUUUAAAAAUAUAUUUAUUAGAGAGGAUUUGAGUAGAGGAAGAUUAUAGACAAUCUUAAGUAUCAAGCAAUCUUUUAUUAUUAAAGAGUGCAAUAAAACUAUGUUGUAUUUUCUCUGACUGAGCAACCACUCUACUUCCUGUUUACACCGGCAACAUAUUCCAGUGUACGUGAAUAGUCAUGUGACACAUAAACGGUGCUGGAGCGCCCUGUAAUAAAAGGGAAACGUAUUAGUGUGGAUGUAACCUUUUAAAUGCACCUGAAAUAUCUAUUACUCAUAUGCACUGCUUUUUAAAAAGGGAGUGCACAACUACUGCAAGAUCUGUGUGUCAGAGUAGAACCAGGAAGUAGCUCUCCGGUAUUCUGCUGAUCUGACCUUCAAUUCCAUCUUAGAAAUCCGUUUCAACUCUGGAGAAGCUUAUGUUCUUUUCAAUGUAUACCUAUUUGCACUGCGCAUGGAAAACUACUGGAAUUACAUGAUAUUUAAGUGUCUUAUUUUUAUAAUAUAAUGCUCAUACAAGAUUUUUUUUUCUUUUGGGUGUAUUUUGCAUAAUGUGAAUAAAUAGGCUACGGGUGAUUGGCCAGCUGGCGCCUUGGAGCCGGUGGUUUGGUGAAGUCUGUCCUGUGUCUCAUGGAGGAAACAAUGAAAUCACACCUGUGAAUUAAGACAUGCUUUUGUACAUAAUGUGUAAAUAAGGAAAAAGUAUGAAACGUUUUGACAAAUGAAUCCCACUUAGUCUGCAGUUUAAAUUGUUGCUCAUUUGGAUGUUGUUUGUACGUCUCAUUUGACUCUUACUGUAUUUCUGAAGGUUUUAUUUAUUCCUUUUAAAGUUUUUUAGGCCUUUAAGGGGGUUUGAUACAUGAGGGCUGUUGUUACUCUGAACCUGACGGGAGCUUUUCUUCACAGGACUGACAGUAUGAGACAUGUUUCUCAUGGUGUUGAGGUUGUAACGGUGUUAAUGUUGUUAGUAGUCUGUAAUCGCUAACAAAAUACAUAGUGUUCCAUUCAUUUAAGAAUCACUGUGGUUUUAAAUUAUAUGUCCAAAUGUAAUAAAUUCAGGUUUGCAGUUGUACAGUCAGCUCCAAA